AUGGACGGUCCGCCUCCCCCUCCGCCCCCUCACGGGGCAAACCCGAGAACCACCGCAGAAGGUGGUGCCGAUGACGGACAAUAUCGAAAAGCAUCAGACCUGCCAGAGGGUCCGUACGAUAUUUUUAUAAUCCCCCCACAUUCUUCUGGCUCGGGUUUUCUCUAUCUCCCAUCGUUGCAAUGCCACAGGAAUAGCUUUCUGGCCGGUGUUGCUUCCGCGCUACUAGGAGUGGUAUUAUAUAUAAAUGUUUUGCCGCUCUUGAAGAAUUGGUUCGCGACGGUCGUGCAGAGCGGAGGCAUGGGUGUUUUCAUGCUCGUUAUCGGGGUGGGAGUUAUUUGCUGGACCCUGGGUAGAACGCAGAUUGAAGGAAGCAGCUCUUCCAGGCCACGAAACCGGAACAGGCCUGGCUCGCCAAAUGGAGGUCGAGGUCCGCAAGGUCCUCCUCCUGGGCCGCCACCAGGGGCCGGGCCACGACCAACCGGCGGCCCCAAUCCGUCCCCAGGAGGCCAUCAAUAUCAGAAUUUUGGAGGGCAGUAUCCCGGCGCGGGUUUUGGUGGGCCGCCUCCAAAUUCUGGUCCCCAAUUUCCUGGCGGACAAUAUCCGGGUGGUCAAUUCCCAGGCGGCCAUCAAUAUUACCCUGGUGCUCAGUAUCCUGGAGGACAUACACCACCACCACCACCACCACGAUCCCAUCCCUCGCCUCCUCCUCCGCCGCCGCCGCCGCCGCCGCCUCCACCACAGCCAGAGCCGCCAAGAGAACCCCCUAAACCCCAGCGACCACCUUCCCCACAACCACCUCCGAAGCCUACCCCUAAGCCUGCUCCUGAACCUCAGCAAGAGCGCAAACCUGAGCCGAAGCCUGAGCCUGAGGUGGAAGCUACACCAACGCCAGAACCAAAGCCCGUGCCAAAGCCUGAGCCCCGGGUUGAAACAAAACCUGAGCCAAAGCCCCAACCACCGCCAGAACCGAAACAAGAGCUCAAGCCAGAACCUAAGCAGGAAGCUCCACCAUCGCCUCCACCAUCAAAUACUGGGGCGAAACCCGCGCAAGACAAGCAAAAGAGCGAUUGGGAAAGAGCAAGAGAAGAAAUGAGGCGCAAGGAAGAGAUUCGCAGGAAAAUGGAAGAGUUUCGAAGAAAACGGGCAGAAGAUGAGAAAAGAAAGCAAGAGGAAGAAGAAAGAAUUGCGCGGGAGGAGCAAGAAAAACGAGAAAAAGAGGCCCGCGAGAGAGAAUAUCGUGAAUGGAAGGAGAAGAGAGCCAGAGAGCGAGCCGAAAAGGAGGCGGCUGAGAAAGAAGCGGCAGAGAAAGCUGCAAAGGAGAAAGCUCGAGAAGAAGCUGCAGCUAGAUUUGCUGCAGCGAGAGAGGCGGCAGCCGCAAGGCGAGCUGCUGAGAAGGCUGCGGCCGAGAAAGCUGCUGCUGAGAAAGAAGCCGCCGAGCAAGCGGCAAAGGCUGCCGCAGAGAAGGAGGCGGCCGAGAAGGAAGCUGCACGAAAAGCUGCUGCAGAAAAAGCUGCUGCGGAGAGGGCCGCAAGGGUUGCAAAAGCUGCGGAGGCUGCAAGGGCCGCAAGGGCCGCAAAGGUUGCGCAAUCUGCGGCGCCUCCACCGUCAGUACAGUCCUCAAAGGCCGAACAGCAGCCGGCUUCAUCUCCAAAGCCUCCAUUCCCUAGUACUAAAACUAAUACGGACGAUGAUGCGUAUUCCUUUCGCCCUUACGACCGCCCUAGACCCGGUAUGCACAAGCAGCAAUCUUCAGCGUCCUCUGUAUUUUCAGAAUCGACCUAUGCAUCACAGACGACUGCACGAACAACGCCACCACCAUCCCGACGAGGACCAUAUAGCACGAAGAAUCCUGAUAAGGUUGUUAUCCACGGUGUGUACUCAUUCAACAACGCUUUUAUGAGAACCCCAAUCGCGCAGUUGGUAUCAGGACGAGGUGUAGUGACGGAUGGGCUGAUACUGCGCAUCACAACCGAGGGGAUGUUUGUCGACGACGAUGUGAGAGGUGUGGCCCAGCGAGAAUGGGACAUCAAAGCAUGGACGAUGAAACUGGUAGAGGUAUGGUGCCCCCUGCUUGGUGCAAAUUCAUCAACCACCACUCGUCCGACUGUGCCCAAGCUCAGUCCUUUCCGCUUCAGCACUUCGCACGCGUCCAAGAUCCCCAGCAGCGGGGAUUCAGACGCGUUUCUUGCAUCUUUGCUCAAGACCUGCAAGAACCAGUGCCGAUUGGAAACCAGUGAUAAUGGUGGUAGUCGCUCUAAUGGGCUAAAUAUUGACGGGAUGAAUGUCAAUGAACAGACUGCUGCGGCCCCGCGAGGCCUUCAUAUCGUCCGUGCCAGUCUCCGGGACCAGGAAGGCAAGAAAUAUAUCUUCGUUUUGCCGGAGACUGAGGCUUGGAAAGUCGCCGUUGGACUUCAGCGAUUGCGCAAGGGAAGCCAGGUUCGCGCAUUGGGAGUGUGUGGCUUACCUUUGAAUGAAACACACUCCAUCCUCUCCAACUUAGGAUACUGAACAUAGUUCUGAGAAGGAGUUUUUGGAAAAGAAAGAUGAUAAACCAAGAUUCUUGUUUAUUAUAAUAACAAGGUUUGAUGAAAGAAUAUAGUUGUCGCCCCCGGCGAUACAGGAACAUUCCUGAUGCAGACAGCAAACACUCGGCGGCCUGGUGAAAGGCUGCACACAACAUGGCAUCGCGCGAUCACAGUCACUCUAUGCUCUCUCUUGUGCAUCUUCCCAAGCCUGUCCUUUCGAGCGAGUUCUAUGGGUUGAUUUUAAGGGUGCUUUCGUUGUGACUACUAUUUCAGUUUGCAUUUGUCUUGAAUCAUUAGCGAUGGAGUUUCAUGCAUUUCUCUCUGGCUCUGGAACAAAUAUCCCCUCUUGUUGACAGUUGAAAAUUCUCUGUGACAGAAUCAUCUUGUCCAAGCUACUUUAUUGCCCAGAAAGUCUGUUUUGUCUACUUUGUUAUUCCCAUGCGUGUUUGGAGAUUUUGCGGGAAGCUUUGCCAUGGCCACUGCAGCCAACCUUAAUAUACUCAGUGCCACGUUAACUAAACUUAGAGGAAAGAAUAUUAACUCAUUUUCAAUU